GGGACCCAUGAGCUAUCGCGCGGCAUCGCGUCUUCUGUGUCUGACUCUUAGUCACCACAUUCCUUGCCGGACCGCGUUCACUGGCCGACUUGCGGUGACAGCUUCCAGAACAAUGUCUACGACGCCGGACAAACCGCAGACAAUGGCGACCGCUGGGUCGUCGCAACCUGCCACCGAGGAGUGGAACUUCGAAGUUACGCCGGUGCCCAAGAAUCCCUUGGGAGAGGGGAAGUACAUAAAGACUGCUGGUUGCUUGAUCAUCGGAGACGAGAUCUUGAACGGGAAGACCCUGGAUAGGAAUUCCAACUACUUUGCCCGGUUUUGCUUCGAAAAUGGUAUCGAGUUAAAACGGAUUGAAGUCGUUCCGGAUGAGGAAGACGACAUUGUCGAGGCGAGCCGUCGCAUGGUGCAGAAGUACGACUUCGUCAUUACUUCCGGUGGUAUUGGGCCGACACACGACGACAUUACUUACGCCUCCCUUGCGAAGUCAUUCAACCAAGGGCUCGUCCACCACCAGGAGACUUUACGUCGCAUGAUGGAGAUGAGCAAGAACCGGCCUUGGAUCUCCCAACAGACCGAGGAGCAGAGAACGGCAAGGGAAAGAAUGGCGCUCUUCCCCGACAAAGCGGAAGUUCUCUUUGUCGCGAAAGAUUUAUGGGUGCCCGUCGUCCGCCUUGAGGGCAAACUCUGCAUCUUCCCGGGUAUCCCAGGUUUAUUCCAGCGAUUACUGGACCACCUGGUCCCCUUCCUACCCCUCCCGCCCCCCAACGAGCGCCCCUUCCGCCUUCAAGUCUUCACUAACCUCCCCGAAUCCUCCAUUGCUCCAUACCUCACCGAUCUCCAAAAGCGCGUCAAGAACGAGGGCGUGCGGGUGGGGUCGUACCCGCUCCUGCAAAGAGGGGUGUACGUCUCGCUGAUCGGUCUGGACGAGGAGCGCGUGAAGGAGCUCGGCGACGAGGUUGUCGAGAGGCUACAGGGAAAGGUCAUGACCGAGGUGGAGGUCCGGCAGGCCAAGGACAGUAAGUGACGACUGGGGAAGUACUCACUUCUACAGCAUCAGUCGUGCUGUUGGACCGUAGCAGUUUCUUUGUCUCUUGCAGCUCUCCCGAUGUAAUUCUAUGUAUUCUAGAACACUGAACGGCUCCCUUUGCGCUAGCCGUCGGCACCGUGGGAAGAUAGGUUGAAACGGAC